UCAAGAUCAAAUCAAACAGGCAGAGUUGAAUUGCUCAGUCAAAGAUUCUUCUGCAGUCAUUUCUGAAAGUUCUCCGUCUAAAGCGCGUGGAAAUGAAGGUGAAAUAAAUUUUGAAUCCAGCAAGCUUUGCGAAAUUCCUAAUUCUAGACUUCCUCUUCUGACAAUGCCUAAAGGGAAAUAUUUCAAAAAUGAAAAAGUUGAAAACGAAUCUACAGAUGAAGAAGUUGAUGGAAUGUCAAAUUCAAUGACUUCUUCUGCAUCAGAUCAGUGGCUUUGGAAAGAUAAACAAUGCCAAUGGAACCCGUAUCCGAGAGAAAUUAACGACAAAAUAAACAGAUGUUAUAAACGAAAUCCUAAUUCUACUGUUAUUGUUACAAUCAAAGACAACACAUACAGAGUAGUCUUGGCAAAAGGUAUACAGAUAAAUUUGACUACAAGAGAGGAGUCAGAAGUGAAAUUUGUUAAAAACUAGUAAAUAAACUAGAUGUGUUUGUGAAACACUAUGCCCCCGAUGGUAACGCAAAUCUGGAGUAAGACG